AUGCGUGGCUUGCAUCGCUUUUGCCUGGUGCCUGGUGUUGCCUUACUGGCAAGCCUACGUCUGCAGGCAGGUCCGCAUGCAUGCCGCUCUGCAGUUGCAGUAGCUGGUGCGAGGCGUGGGCGUAACACCUCCUGCUCUCGAGCGACUUUCCUCACGCACAUUGAGCUUCUCCAGGAGCUUCGUGCAGAUGCUGCCGCCCCUGUAGACCGGAAAGGAGCGGGAGCCGUGGCACUUUCCGGACACUUGGGUGAGCAGCAGGACCUUAGCUUUGAGGUCCUGGUGGCGGUGAUGCUCUCGGCGCAGACAAAGGAUGGCGUCACCUACAAGACAAUGCAAGAUCUCCGAGCUCAUGGUCUCAGUGCACAGAAAAUCGUGGAUAUGCCGAUUGAACGGCUCACCAAGCUUGUCGGAAAGGUCAACUACCACCACCGCAAGGCUGCGUACAUCAAGAAGACUUCCCAGCUAUUGCUCGAGAAGUAUUCUGGCAGUGUCCCAGAUCAACUCUGGCAGCUAUUGGAACUUCCAGGUGUUGGCGAGAAAACUGCCUUGUUGUACUUGCAAGUGGCCAAGGGCAAGGUGGAGGGCAUUGCAGUUGAUACCCAUGUGCACAGAAUUGCUAAUGCUUUGGGCUGGACCAGCUCGCCGACGAAGACGGCGCAGCAAACACGCCGCGAGCUGGAGAAAAUGAUUCCUCGACGAAUGUGGGGGAUGAUCAAUCCGCUGGUGGUUGGAUUCGGCCAAGAGCUUCGCGAGAACAGGUCCGAACUUCUGCGAAAAUGCCUUGGAUCCAGCAACCCGCGUUUAGCGCUGCAGCUGCUUUCCGACUGCGGCAUGAAGGUGCGGAGGGAGAUGGAAAAAGCUGGCCUGGACACUCAGAACUACGACGGAUGUCUGUGGGCUCCUCUGUGCUGGACGCGGACGCUGAGCGUUCGCCGAGCAAAUCCGCUCCACCUGGCACUUCAGAGGCUAUGCAGGGAGCACAUAGGUGGGCAGAGUUGUUUGCCCUGCUCCGAGCGCAGAAUUUUGAGACAGACGCUGUAUCAGGACGAUGAAGAGUUCCGGACAAGCCAGCUGGCCAAGACAUGCGUUUUAGCUCUGUGGCUAUCUGAUCGGAGUCAUUCGAAGUCCGUAGCGUUUUCACUCAAGACUUACCUUACCCAGCAAAGCAAGAAGUGGCAUCCGCGAGCAGCCCUUGCCUCGGGAACAUGGGCGAUGGCAACUGGACACCUGAACCCUUCCCUGCCCCUGGCCCGCUCCUUGAUCCAGCUCGGGCAUGAAGUUCACUACUUGUCUCGGGAGGCAGUUCGAGCUGCCAUUGAGAAAACGGGAGCAAGCUUCACCGAUGCUGCUGAGGAGCAAGUGGAGCUCUACGAGAAUCGCGAGCAGGACAUCAUGGGCGCAUUCCGGACUGUGGCAAGGGAGUAUGGCAUGGAAGAUGCACCGAUGAUGGUUGGCAUCUCCACCAUUGCUCCUCUUCAUCUGGAGCUUCAGCUGCCGGGGACCAUUCGCUGGCUGCAGCGGUUGCAGCCACACGUGGUGCUGUUCUGUCCAAUGAUGAAUGCCGAGGCUGUUUAUGCCGCCAAGACCCUCCAGAUACCUUCAGUAGGCUUGUGGACUUUUGCGGGUCCGGGCGGCAUGGUCGGCGUAUUGAACAUGUUCGUGCAACAAUCCGGAAUACCCAUGGAAGAGAUUAUGGCCCGAGUUGAGGCAUUUCAGCCAAUGAAGGACUGCGUGGCGAGGCUCAAGGAAAACUACAACGUCACGUUCGAUUUCAGGAAGUCCAUCUCGCCAAUGGGCUUCUUAAGCACGAUGUGCGAAACAAGUUUUAAUUUGAUUACAACAGCCGAAGAGUUCCAGGACCCUUUUCCCAGCGAGUUGUCUCGGGCUUACGCCGAGGGCGGGGCGAAGUUUGAGUACGUUGGUCCUUUGUUGGAGGAUGAUGUGCCAGAGCUCGAGCUUGAAGCCGAGAAGGCCAUGAAGGCCUUGGCUGAGGCCCGUGCUGUGGGCCGCAAAGUGGUGCUCGCCAGCAUGGGCACUAUUUUGGUUUCGGACACAGAUGAUUGUGGUUGGCGAGAUGUACCACGGGACGGCUCAGAGCAACCCCGUGGGUUAACUGGCAAGCAGCUGUGUCAGGCAGCUUGGAGUGCCGUCUUCGAUGCCUUCGGUGCUGCUUCUGAUGAGGCCCCUCAAGCCCCGCUGCUCAUAGUCGCCGUCGGUCGGCAGCCGGAUGCGCUCACGGACAUAGACAUCCCCGGAAACGCGCUCUGCUUGCCGGUUCUUCCUCAAGUUCCGCUGUUGAAAGCAGGUGUGGACUUGUUUUUGACCCACGGCGGCCAGAACAGCUUCAUGGAGUCCCUGUCUGCUGGGGUGCCAGUGGUGGUUUGCCCUGGGUUCGGGGACCAAGUGGUCAACGCAAUGAAAGCUGAGGCGAUGGGAGUAGGUCUUCAGGUGCAGAGGCCCGUUCCACCACAUGGAGAGGAAAUGGCCGCCAUUGCCAGCUACCGUGCCGACGUUUGUGCUGCUUUGGUCAGGGCUUUGCAGGAACCUCAGUUUGCUCAGAAAGCGCAGCGCUGCAAGGAAUGUCUGCGAAACGCAGGAGGGAUUUGCAAAGCCAGAGAGCUUCUGUUCGGGCUCGUCGGCCAGUCCUUCCCCAAGCUCCUCGGACACGGCCCUCCUGUUUUGCCCACAAGCACAAAGGCGUCAGAUGUGCCAGGCACGGAGUCGCCUCCAGCUGAGACCUCGGCACCUUAG